GUAACACUAUUUUUCUGUUCUAACCUGUGUUUAAACUUACGUGCUGUGAACAAGUGUUUAUUUAUCUUCCUGUUUGUCGAAGUAAAACUAAUAGAAACGAAACAAUUCAUGCUUGAGAAUAAAAAAAAAUAUGUGUAAUGGUGUCACGUAAAAUUUAAAAUCCUACAUAACGUGAUAUUAAAAUGAACACAAGUUUUACGUAAGAAAUUUUAAAAAAGUAGUGCUAUUUUUAUUCGUUUAAUAUGAAUACUUCAUGUGCCAGCAGAUUUUUAAAAAUUAAACGCAGUCUAACACAUAAAGACGUAUUAUGCUGUUUUUUUAUUACUGCUAGGAGUUUUUCCACUAGAGAACUCUUAAAUGAAGCGUACUGUCGCACAAAGCUAAAGUGUCGCUCUAAAAAGCUCCCACAAGAUGUCAAUCCCCAAGGAGUUUUCGCUUGCAACGAGCUUGAUCUUUCUGAGGUGAAGGUAUAUGGGUUUGAUUAUGAUUAUACACUUGCUCAUUAUAAGCCCAGUCUUGAACAUUUACUAUAUAAUCUGGGACGGGACAUGCUACUUGAAAAAUAUAAGUACCCUGCUGGAAUAGCUAAUCUGGAGUACAAACCCGACUUUGCUGUUCGAGGAUUGCAUUAUGACAUUGAAAAGGGAUUACUAUUGAAAUUAGAUUCAUUUCUACAAAUACAGUUUGGGGCUGUUUACAGAGGGUUGACACCUGUAUCAACUGAGGAAGUUCUUAAACUGUACAAAAAUAGAAUUAUACCUAUAGCGUAUGUUGAAGGUGACACAAGGGCUCACAAGACAAAUAUAGCAAAGAUGGUUCAUUUGGCAGAUUUGUUCUCUGUACCAGAAAUGGGUUUGCUGUGUAAUGUUGCUGAGUAUUUUAAUAAAAAUCAUAUAGAUUAUCAUCCAGAGAUACUCUUUUUGGAUGUCAAGAACUCUGUACAACAUUGUCAUCCAAUAAUGCACAAAAUCGUUGCUCAAAACGUGGAGGAAUACGUGAGACCAAAUUCAGGUCUUAAAAAAUACUUUCGACUUCUUCAAGAAGAAGGAAAGAAGCUGUUUCUAGUCACUAACAGUCCCUUUCAUUUUGUGAAUGCUGGAAUGGAAAUGCUUGUUGGUCACGAGUGGAGAGAUUUCUUCGAUGUCGUUAUAGUAAAUGCAAAUAAACCUAAGUUUUUCACAGAAGUUUCAAGGCCAAUUAGGGUGUUCGAUAAAAAUGCAAAUACACACAUAUGGGAAAAAGUAACAUCCUUAGAAAAGGGCAUUAUUUACUAUGAGGGUACAGUGAAGCAGAUGCAGGAUCUGACGGGUUGGAGUGGCCAUCAAGUUUUAUAUUUCGGUGAUCAUCCGUACAGCGAUCUCGCUGACGUCACACUUGAACACGGCUGGCGGACUGGAGCAAUUAUUAACGAACUAACGCACGAAAUAAACACACUAAACACAAGGACGUUCAAAGAGAACGCGAACUGGCUUCAAAUGCUCACCCAGCUUAUCGAGGACCACCAAGACUAUAAGCAGCCUGAGGCACUAGAGAUCAUUGAUAAAUGGAUGGCUGAGAGAGAUUACCUCAGAAACGCAACAAAAUCAGUCUUUAACCCUCAAUUUGGAAGUGUUUUUCGUACAUAUCACAAUCCUACGUACUUUUCAAGGCGUUUAUUCCGAUUCGCGGACAUCUACACGUCAAAUAUACGACAUCUUCUAAACUACUCACUAACUCACACGUUUUAUCCUCGUCGUGGUGUAAUGCCACACGAAUAUGGUUCUUAUUUCGUCUAGAAUAGGAAGUCUAUUACAGUAUAUUAUAAUAUAUUAUAUUAUAGUAUAUGAUAAUAUUAUAUUAAUACAGUAUAUUUUGCAUUAUACACGCACAGUAUUUAUGACCCAAUCAUGAAAUCAACGAAACUUUGAAGGAUAUUGUAUUUUUUAACGUGUUUAUUCCAUGUAUAUAAAAACAAAUUAUAUAUUAGCUUACGGUUAGAUUAGGCGGUAAAAAUCGAAUACAAAAAUCGUCACACGCUUGAACAGAGACGGUACAACUGUGCAAGCGAAACUAUGACUACCGCCAUUUUAUAUAAGUUUUUUUUCUAUAUAUCUUUGUUUGUUUUAUAGAGUAUACUUUUAGGUUCAAAAAACAACGUUGAAAAUUUAUAUAUUUUAUUACUAUUGUUUUAUCGAUUUUGUUUAUUGUUAUCUCAUAAGCGUAGAUAUUAUACAAUUAAUGGUUUUCAUUACUUCGAUAUUAAUGAAUUAAUGCCAUUUGUUAACGCACUAAGCCUCAUCUAUUUAAUACAUUGUCCUUGUUACUCUCUUGGCAUUUAGUAAAUGUGACAAUCCAUUCAAAUGUGAAGAUCCAUUACUAUAUCGAAUGGUCGUGGGUGAGUUUAGGAAUAAAACUAGUUUUUGAUAACUAUAUAAUUAAUUUGAUUUUUAAAUGGCUUAUCAUUUAUAAAGGUCUUGUUACAAUUAGUAAGUCCAGCUUUAUAACUUGUUUUUAUGUAUAAAAUCCCAGCCGUAAUGCUUAUAAGUAUUAAUUCUAUAUAGGGAAUGGCAAAGGCACUAAUCUAAAAAAAAACUAUCUGGUUGAUUGCGAUUCUCAUCAAUACUCAAGUCAUUAACAAAUAUGAAUGAAAAUCUCUACGCUCUAUCUAUCUAUAUGUGAACGCUUUUAAUCUACGCUACAUUGAUAGUUUUAUAGAAAAUCUCAAAUCAACUGGUAUUAUAGAAAGGUAUUGCUCAAUAGUAGUUCCUAUUAAUUAGAAAAACUAUCUUUUCUAAUUCUUAAAAUGUUUUCAUAACGGAUUUAUAAAUGUGAGUUACAAUUCAAUGAAAACCAUAUCAAUUAAACUAGUCAAAGUUAAUCAAACUGAAGCAAUCAUCUCGUUUUAUAUUUAGUUUUUUACAUUAAUGUUAAAAAUCAAAUCAGUGUUACCGUUUUAUUAAUUUAUGAUGUGUUUAAUGUUUUUUUAACAAAAGAUAUUAUGUAGUGAACACAGUAUUAUAAAUAUACGUAGCUUAUUGUUUUCUUGAGCUUCAUUUAUAACAAGCGCUAGAUAUCAUAUGAGGUAUUAUAUCGGUACUUUGACAUACUAUGUUCUGGGGUUGCCAUACAACUAAAAAUGGAAAGCUACUGUAAAUUAGUAGGACGUAAAGUUUUGGUUUAUGUUCCAAGAAACUGUUGUUAAGCGAUUAAAUACAUUUAUAAAAUAUUGAUGUUUUAUCAAUUGUGCCAAAAUCUACGUCCUACUGUGAUGAGUAAUAGGCAAUUUGUUCUUGUCAAUAAUUGGAAAUGCGAUUUUAAAUUUAUUAAGCUUAUUCAGAGCGUUGUGUGCCAAACACCUAAUUUAUUACUAUAGUUAUAGUGAAAGUGAUCUUGCCAUAGAUAAUUCUCAUUGUUUACGCAUAGAUAAAAUUUAAUUGUUAAAGACUUUUAUUUUAUAUUUUAAUUGUUGUAUUAUUUCGUUGUCUCAGUCAAUUAAAGUAGAUAUAUCAUAAUACUGUGCCCCUUAUGAUAACAUGUGCCAUUAAACAGUUGUGUCAAA